AUGGAAACAAUUUUGGCACAAUUUGUGACAUGGAACAACGUGAUCAAUGAUUAUGCGGUCAAUGUGCAAAACCUCCUUGCGCCGGUCCUCGGCGCAAUGGUGGCAGAGGUUGCGAUCCACCGGAAUGUCGACGCGGUGCAGCUCGACCUUGUCACCCCCUUCAAUAAGCAGCGUGCGGCGCCACAGCAUCAUAUCUUGGUGGACUGGAUCAAAAACCAGGAGCUGCGGGAAGCUGACGCGGCGUUAGCGCAGGCGCGGCUGGGUCUCAUGGACUUCCUGGCUACUCAGGCAGACGCGGCUGCAAUGGCCGGUCGGGCCGUUGGCGCCCGCACAAGCGGCAGCAACACCUCUGUUGUUGACGUCCCUCGUCUCGCACGAUUGGAAACACCGGGUUCGGCCACUCUCGCGCUGCUGACGGAGGCCCUCCUGCCGGGUAGGAGCCAGGAGCUGGAACGCAGCGGCAGUGGCCGGGGGGACGCGGCAUCUGCCGCGUCGCCGACGGCGCGUAGUGACGGCGGCGACGCGGCCGGGCCGCAGCCCGGCAGUGACGGGCAGCCAUUCGGACCGGUGCGGCCGCCGGGCACAGCUGAGUCGGCCUCAACGGACGCCAGCGACGCCCCAGAGGCGCCCCCGACCCUCAUCCGGCACCUUCAGCACUUCAAUGGCUGUGUUGCGGCGUUACAGCACCACCUCGGACCGAAUUUUGGAGUGUAUUUUCACGUGACGCCCGCAGCCUGCGCCGUUAAGGGCCGCUGUGCAUACGUGCGGCUGAUGCGACACCAGUACCCAGGCAAGCUGGCGGCAUCUGUCGUCCUCGGUAAUGCAGGGGAAACCAAGGCGCUGCUCAAACCGCACCGAACGGUGCGUUUUGGCCGCUCUCCCAGCGCUAAUGGGCUCGCUACCGAUGGGCCAGAACAGGCUGUUGCGUCAUCGUCCUCGCGGGCACCAUCGCGAGGGCAAUCACAUGGUGCGCUGCGUUCGUCAUUGCGAACGGGUGCUGCGACGGCGUCUGGGGAGCACUCCGCACCGCCGCCCGGGUCCGCCGCGUCACUUCUUGGUGAGGACAAUGUCACUCCAGUCACACUCAUCGAUGUAAUCUAUAGCGGCAUCACAGACGCAAUACUCCGCGCGGAGAGGAGCGUGGCUGUUGUGGGCAAUGACCUGGCACGGCUGUUUGACAAAUACGAGCCGCCGAUAUCCCUGGUGGAGGAGCCGAAGCACUGCCGCAAGCUCAAGACGCUGCCGGUGGCGCGUGAGUACGUGGAGGCGAACCGCAAGAUUCAACAGCUGAAUGCGGUGCUGUUUAAGCUAGCCAAGGCGGUUGCCAAAACGGCGUGGAUUUACUCAACGCCGCUCAGCAUGCCUGAUGGCAGUUUGGGCGAUGUCGCACAGAUGGUGUGUGAGGCCAUCCGGCGGGUGGCGGACACGACGUGGACCAUGUGCAAGCGGCACUUGGAGAGUGUGCACGUCGUCACGUUGCUAACUCACCACGAACCCUUCACGAUCACGCCGCGCCUCAUCAACGAUGAGACCACGUUCCGCUUCGAGCUGGACGUGGUAGUGGACCAGUCCUUGCUCAUGAACAAGACGUUUCCUGACUGUCUGCCCCCAAUGAUCCGCGCCGUGUGGGACUCGCUGCUGGCCCUGGCGGCGGUAGUCCAGGAGAGCCGCAGCAGUCUGGCCCCGCUGAGGCCCCAGUACCAAAGACUUCACGAGGAGGUCCGGGAAUUUUAUACACUGGCCCCUGACGCCGCCAAGGCGCGUAAGCUGAGCAUCACGGAGGCGGCGACAGUGGCGCGAGUCAUUACAAACAAUCUGGCGAUCAUUUAUGAGGCUGAGCAGGUCUUUGAGGCGUACGACCGCAACGUGCAGCGCAUUGUUGACGCGUACUCCCGGGCUCGGACGGAGAUAAAGGCGGACUUGCAGCUCAAGCUCGCAGAGCUCACCACCCACCUCCCGCGAAGCAUUGUGAAGCCGUCGUUUUCCCCGGAGAUGUUGGCGCUCAUGCGGUCGUCCGUAAAUCCCACGGAGCUCGCGGCUUCAAUGACGCUCGCGCUCACCGCCAAAAACAUGGACCACACGUCCUUGACGGUCAUGUCCGACACGCUGGCGGCGGGGGCCAUGGCGGCUCAGGCGCAAGCGCAAGCGCAGCAACAACAAGCGCUACAAAUGCAACAUAUGCAACAGGCCGCGGCUGCGGCAGCGGCGUACAGCAUGUACAGCAUGCAGGCGCAGGGGAUGCAAGUCCCGGCAGGAACUUUGCCGACGACGACGGGAGGGACGGCAGCGGCGCAGAACCAUGUGUCGCAGGCUCCGAAGCCGCCAGCCGACGCCCCAGAGCUCAUCGCACACGGCACCAGCGCGGACUACGCUGCACAGCUGGCGAUGGCGCAGGCUUAUGGUUACGCGUACAACAAUCCAUAUGCGGCGUAUGCGGCGUAUGGGACGGGUACCCUGGGAAGCAUCUCUAUGGGGACGGCGACGCAGAAGUCUUUGUCACCCAACCCGCUUACGGGGGCUGCUUCGGACGGCACCAACCCAGCCAACGCUGCUUCAGCCUCGGCUGGCGGGGCCUCUGCGACACCUGUCGCCGGCAUGGUGGGUGCCUACCAGUCUGCCGGGUAUGAUGCCAACACAAUUGCAAUGCUUGCUCAGAUGGGUUACGGCGGAUUUGCAGUUGGCGCCCACCAGCAGGCGCUGUUGCAACAGCAACAGCAGCAGCAGCAGGCCGCUCUUGCCGCGCAGAGUGCGCUGAGUCAGCCAGGCGGGGGACGCAGUAGCUGA